GCUGUCCUGCUUUUUAGUGUCCUCGACAGAAAUGGGUUUCUACAUUCACAUCCUCCAUCACAAUGAUUUACAUCGUUACAGGCUCCACGGGCAACGUUGGCACUCAUCUUGUCUCUUACCUUCGGUCUCACAAUCUCCGCACUCACUGCAUUGUCCAUUCAGCCAGCAAGGCGCCGGGUCUCGAAAAGGAAGGAUGCACAACUUCCAUUGCAGAUAUAAACAACCCAAGUGAUCUCUCGGCAGGGUUCUCUCAUGAUUCUCCUUCCACAGUUUUCUUUUUACAUCCUGAAGACUUUUCCCGUGACAUUUUCACCGAAGCAGGAAGGACCGCCAACAGUUUUGUCCAGGCAGUGCGGUCAGCAGGCAACGUUAAAAGAGUCAUUUUUCUCAGCACGCUGGGUGCCGAGCUAGCGAGCGGUUCAGGAUUCCUCCGGACUUGCCACAUUAUAGAGCGCAUCCUCCAGAAAGAGUUAGAGUGCGAAACCAUCAUUAUUCGCGCCGCUUAUUUUAUGGAGAACUGGGCUCUCUCGUUGGCUGCUGUCAAGGAUGGUCAAAACAUCCUAACAAGUACAGUUCCAAACGUGGGAGACAAACUGGCCAUGGUAGCAGCAAGUGACAUUGCUCAUGUCAUUGGUGACUGGAUGGUAAAAGAACAAGUGGACAAGGGCAUCAAAGUCGUGCAAGUAGUUGGGCCUGAUGAGUAUGCUCCGCAAGAGGUUGCCAAUGCUGCUGCCAGGAUUCUGAAGAGAGAUGUCAGUGUUGAGUACAUUGGUGAACAGGGGAUUCGAAACCUCGGAAAGCAGCUUAAUUGGAGUGAGGUGACGCUGCAAGCGUGGAUUGAAACCGCCAAGAUUUUGGGAGAUAGAAGGAUCAAUCUUGUUCACGGAGACGAUAUCUUACUUGUUAGAGGGACAAAAUCUCUAACCGAAUUUUGUUCCGAGCAACUAGCCUGAUGACGGAAUGGGAUGUCUAGCCAAACAAUAUAUACAUGACAAUUCUCUGAUAUUCAGAUUUAUAACAAGAUUGGUAUGAAUAUAUAAGAUUCGCCUCUAGAAUCCAA